CUUCAGACAGAGCAGUGUGAGCCGCCAGUUAAGACACACACACACACACCCACACUAACACGCACACAGACAUACACAUACAGAGCUACAGGCAGACGCGCGCAGCACACGCCGUGCCUACAGCAGAACAACUUUGUGCGCUGGAGCUUCACAGAGACGUGAACUGGUCUGCGUAUACAGAUACAUAUCUAGUGUUUCAAGAGGACAGGAGGACAGUGUGGAAGUGAGGGACAGAGAGGAGCAGGAGAAAGCAUCUAAAUGGCCAACAUUGUGACGUCGGUGUGCUAUGUGGUGCUCGCAGCUGUGGUGGUGGUGUAUGCCCAGAGACGUGGCCAGCAAGGAGGCAGGAUCCAGUAUGCGAGGAUCGGCAGCAAUGUGACGAUGCAAUGUGGUUCUCUGGACAAUGAUGCCUCAGUCACAUGGAAGGUGAAUGGGACAGAUGUGAAAGCCAAGAGGAGGGAGGAAGGGCCAAGACUUAUCCUCUUGGAGGUGGAUAUGAGUAGCAAUGGCUUGUACAGCUGUUUCCAGAAUCCUGAUGGCCAGCGGCGCGACCAGAUCACAUUUCGCAUCGGACUUCCUCCGAGGGAACCGCAGGUGACGUGCCGAUCAAACACGUACCCCAAGGGCUUCUACUGCAGUUGGCACCUCUUGCAUCCCACAUACAUCCCUACUGAAUUUGAAGUCGACGUCCAACACAACCAGAAGUCUCUAGAAGUGAAGAGGGACGACGUCCAUAAGAACAGAUGCCAUGUGAAGUUUCCUGAGCUCUUCUCUAGUUAUCCUUACCAAGUCAACGUCACAGCCAUCAACGAGCUUGGGAGAGCGUCCACGGCUAUCAGCUUCGAGGAGUCCAACAUGGUGAAACCAGAUCCUCCAGAGAAGGUGGUGGCCAGACCCAUUCCCAACAACGCACGCAGGCUUGAGGUGACCUGGAACAGCCCGUCCACAUGGCCGGAUAUCGAGUCCUUCCCUCUGAAGUACUUCCUGCGCUACCGUCCACUGAUCAGAGACCAGUGGCAGCAUGUGGAGCUCUCAGACAGCACCUCCCACACUAUCACAGACGCUUACGUGGGGAAGGAGUACAUCAUCCAGGUGGCUGCUAAGGACAUGGAGAUCGGCACGUGGAGCGACUGGAGCGUGGCUGUACACGCAACACCUUGGACGGAGGAACCCAAACCUAUCACCUCCACCACGGAGGUAGACUUGCCCAUAGAGACCACUCCAUCUGCUGCCCCGCCAUCACCUAGACCCAGAGUGGGUGGUGCUACAGGAGGAUGCAGUGCCCUCCUGUGCUCAUCCCAUAUCCUCCUGGCGUGUGUCCUGCUGUCCAUGAUGUGAUGCUUAUAAUUCAUUCCUGUGGAAAGUCUUCUAGUUCUAUUUUGCACAUCUAAAUGGAUAUCGUGCAUUGAUAAUUUAAUUCAAGUUUUUUUUCUCUCACAAAAAGAAAAAAAUAGUAAGAUUAAUAAAUGAUGACAUUAGGAAUGGACAGGGGAAAAAGAACUGAAAUGCAUCACGGACAGCGUGGCUGAAGGUGGAGUGAGCGCAGGCACGGGACUCUGAACCCCAGGGAAGCUAAACAUAUGGGGACACAUGAGUCAACAGGCUUCUGUCUCACAGCAGCACAACAACGAGAAAAAAAAAACAAAAACAAA